AUGGCGGAUAAGAUUCCCACGCUUAUCGAAUCCGGCCUGCUUAACGGCGGCAAGCGCUCAGUCGUUGACUCGGAGCUGGGCCCUGGAUCCACCACUUUCCCUCACUUUCAUACCCUCUUCACCGAAAACUUCAAACUGCUUUCUGGUGAUAUGACGGUCAUCAUGGCACCAGAGGGAGUCAAGGACGCCGCAGCAAUGAAGGAGAUCCCAAUGAAGAUCGGAGAAGACAACACGGUCCCAAGAUUCACGGCACACACGUUUCGGGCCGGCGAAGAGGGCAGCCGAGUUAUGGUUACAUUCGAGCCGGCUGCGAUUGGCUUCGAGCGAGUUAUUCUUAUUAUGCGCGGUCUCCAGGAUGAUGCGGAAUACAAAUCUUGGGGCAGUGGAACAACGGAGGAGAACGCGAUGCUUGUGUCCGUUCUCAGCGAAUUGACGGAUUCGCACCCGCUGCUGGCAAGUGACAGUGAAAUGUUGGACAAACAAGACAAAGAGGCGCACGAGAAAUUCAAGAGCGAGCUUAUCAGUAAAUAUGCUACGGAUGAUAUGAUUAAGGCAGCAGUUGCCAAGGCUGCUGCAUCUGCAUAA